AAAAAAAAAUUGGAUGCACACUUUCGGUCUUUGCACUUUAGCCUUUUAGGUCAUGCAGAUCAUAAAAUCUCUGAAUCUAAUAAACAUAGGCCAACUCGAAGAAAUACGAAUUGACUUGACCUAACAGAAGCUUGUCUAAAGACUGGAUCACAACGGAUAAUCGGCAGGGCAUGGAUCCAGGUGCGGCUCUCGAUGGUUCAUCACAUCAGCAAAGACAAGCCAUGGACAGCUCAACAGCCGAAACCAAUCAGCAGGCAGAACAGACGGCUUCGACCAAUCAAAAGCCGACGUCUCAGCUUACCAACACUAGGCAGUUAAGAAAAUUAGCCGUUCGCCCCCAUUCCCAGGCCCAUUCCAUGGAGAACAAGUCGUCAAAGAAGAAACCUCCACAAGCCAUCCUGCCAAAGGCCAUGGAUCCAACCAGCGUCAGGAAUACCGCAGAGACACUGGAGAUGAUCAGAUCUAACGUCAGACAAAUCAAUGACCUACGGGUAUGUCAAGGUCAAGUCAGAAAGUUAGACCAGACAUUUGUUGGCGAUAAUAUGCUUUCAGUUUUUAAUGCAACCUUGUAACGGGGAACUGCUCUAAUAAUCAUCCAUUUCUUUUGAUUUCAGACUGAAAUCCGGAUGAAUUCAAGAUAUUUUGAUGACAGUACCAUUCAAACCUACACCCGCCUUGAGACAUUAGAGUAUCGCAUCCCUCAAAUACGAAGCCCUGUAAGCGAGGAGAUUAUCUACAACAACAGCACCAGCAAACCAACGAUGUGUAACAUCUUCGAGCAGAAGUACAUGCCAGGGUUCAGCUCUCUGCUUGGUUGGAAGUGCCAACUUGAAGAGCAUCGGAAACGAGCCCAGAACGACCUUAGCUAUGUCUCCACGGAUCACGUUUCAUACGGUCUGACAGACGUCGAGAACAUGUUGGCGCUGCAUAAGGCGGCCGCGACGCAAGGAAACGUAGAACGGGAACUGGAGUGGUUCGCACACACCCAUCUUCACCCGCGAUCGGUUAACGUCCACCCUGGCAGCAAAUCCAUCAGGAAUUUCCAGACUUUGUUAUUCUGCACCCGAUGGGAUGCAGUUUUAGAAGAUUACGGCAUGGAAGUCGGACAACUAGCGAGGGUUUGCUGCGAUCGUUGGCUGUCAGCCAGCCACGUCACAUGGUUCAUCAAACAACUCAAUGAAAUGCAGUCAGAAACUUUGUGUAUCUACAAUAACGACGUCAGUAACAUAGAUAAUCUAAUCUCUGGUCAGUCCUUGGUUCCAGACGGCAGGCCCAAGCCAACGUCAUUACUGUUCAUCUGUUGCGUCGGCAAGUCCAAUUUCAGUCAGGUUUUUAUUGGUUCGGAGACUCAGCCAGGCUUCCACUACUCUCUCUGUCACCUGGACACUAUCACUAAGAGAAUCACGUACGGCGAUUCCUUAGGCUGGAAGGUGCCAGACAUCCUACCCAAGUAUCUAGCCGCUUACCACGCAGCUGUUUACGGUCCGAGCGACAUGCGUGAUUACGAAUGGAACUUCUGUCAUGAACCCACCUCAACAGUCGGCAAUCACAGCUGCACAGCUCGUUGCGUUGGACAGUAUCCACUCCAGACAUGUCUAAGCAUCUGUGGACCUGUCGUGAUCAUCAUGACAGCUGUAGCGUGCUUGCAACGAGACACAUUCUACAAUCUGACGUCAGCCAAUCAGCAAGUAGAUCCACACUUGACGUAUUUACAGACGCCAACGAAGUACGCACGCUAUCUCCGCAAGGUUCUAGCAUCUUGGAUGGCGGAGAAAUCUAUCAUGUUGGAAUAUAUUGUACCAAAGGAACCGACCAAUCCGUUACAGCAGACCGGGAAUUUGGCCUGGAGCAGCGAAGCCGAGACUUCAGUCUCGGAUCCAGAAGACGACACACCAGAGAUCCCAUCACUGAGCCCAGGCAAGAAGGGAUCCUCGGAGCCAGUCAAGCUACAAAUCCAGACAGCGGACGGGGAGAAGAUAUUCCAAUGCCCUUGCUGUCAGAAGACAUCCAAGAAAGGUUUCAACAUGAAGCGCCACAUCUUGAGAGCUCACCCGGGGCAAGACUUGAAGGACUUGGAUGAAGGUAACUGUCUGUGUCUCCACUGCGGCCGUCGAUUCCGAAGGAUCUGCGAUCUACGCCAGCAUCUCCAGGACUACCACGCUACCAUCUUCAUGGUGGAGCAGGUGUCGUUUGACAGUAUGACUGAGUUUGAGUUGUGGAAAGAAAGUCUUGAAGAAGCAGAGAGCUGCUCCUUCGCUCAGUACUCCGGCUUCCGCAACAAGGGAGACUACCGAUUUAGAUACUUGCAAUGUAACCGAUCAGGAAUGUACAAGCAGAGAGGGGUGGGCAAGCGACAGCCUAAGCAUUCAGGAACAUGUAAGAUAGACAACAAUUGCACAGCUUCCAUGAAAGUGACUUGUCACACCAACGGCAAAGUUGACGUAGAAUGUCACCGGACACACUACGGCCACCAGAAAGAUCGCGAACUCAUGUGGCUCCCGCGUAAGAAACGCGAGGAGGUUACUGCAAAGCUUGGCCAGGGCAUCUCCCGGGAUCGCAUCAUGAACGAGUUGAGAGACAGCGAAGGAGAGCUGAUGAGGCAGCAGGAGCUGGCACGAGCCAGGGAUGGUUACGAUGUCAAGAAGUCGCUGGGUGUUGAGACGGUUCAGAAACACGUGAAUGAGAAGGACAGCGUCUUGGCUUGGAUAUUACAGUGGGAAGCAGCUGAGGAGAACCCUGUCCUGUUCUACAAGCUCCCGGGUCUUAAUCCUGACCUCAAUCUGGACCUUUUUGCAGAGGACUACAUCGUCAUCCUGCAGAGUCCCUUCCAGAAGCACAUGGCACAGAAGCUUGCGAGCCGAGGGGUCUGGUGUGACUCGACUCAGGGGACAAACGUCUACGACUUCCACUUGAUGACGUUAAUGGCUCUGAAUGAAUUCGGGGAAGGCUUUCCCAUGGCCUGGUGCAUCUCAAAUCGUGAAGAUGAGAGCACGAUUCGGAUCUUCUUCACCAAGGUGAAGGAGAACUGUGGUGAUCUAUUCCCAAGUUGGUUCAUGGCCGAUGCAGCAUUCAUGUAUUCCAAUCUUUGGACCUCGGUGUUUUGGAUCGCUCCUAAGAAGUUGAUUUGCCCGUGGCAUGUCGAUCAGGCCUGGAAGGAAGAACUCAAGAAUGAAAUCAGCGAUCUGGCUGUCCAGGCUCAAGUCUACAAGAUGCUACGGGUGGUCCUUGAGCAACAAGACGAGACAUCCUUUGAGGAUUACCUUCAGAGGCUUCUCGGUCGUCUCUCCGUCUCUGACAAGACCAUGGCCUUCCGGAAGUACUUCAUCAAGGAAUGGGUACCCAAGAUGCAUCAGUGGGCUUACUGCUACCGGACAAGCCACUGUCUCAACCCUGGCGUCUUCACAGAAGCCUUCCACAUCAUCUUCAAAAGGAUGUACCAUCAAGGUCAUGUCAACAAGCGUGUUGAUAGCUGCCUGGUCCAUCUCCUGAAGUACAUCCGGGACAAGACCUUCAACUGGAUGGUCAAGUUUCCUCGAGUCAAAGUGACCAUGCGUUUGAAGCUCAUCCAUGACCGCCACCUCCGCAGCAUGUUGCUGAGCUUCAAUCAAGUCAAGCAACUGGAUGACCGUCAGUGCUGGGAGGUCCAAGCCGAAGAUAAGAACGACUCGCACAUGGUGGAGCGCCUCUCCAUCACUUGUCCUGUCAAGGAAUGCCGACUACGAUGCGAGGAGUGUAAUGUCUGUGUCCAUCUCUUCCUCUGCAACUGUCCCGACUGCCUCAUCAAUUCUACAAUCUGUAAACACAUCCAUCUGAUCCAGAGACUGGUGCGACUUCAGAUUCUCAUCCACAACGAGGAAGCGGAAGUCGUCGGAGGAGAGACGGAAGAACUGAAGCGACGUGUCUGCUCCACUCUCCGUCAGAUGACAUCAAUGGUAGAGGCAGCCAACGAUACCAACCUUGAGAUGUUGAGAGAUCUCUACAAAAUGUUGUCAUCGUCCUACCAACGUCUUAACCACAGCAUACACCAAGGCAUCAGCACGGGACAAGAUACUGAGACAAAUAAAAGACCAGCCUCUGAGGAAUCUCAGGAUGCACAGAUCAAGAAAACCAAACUCUAAUCAUGACUCACAAAAGUUACAAAUAAAACCUUGGUUUAAUAGAGCAAUUACGGGCAUGAACUGUACGGUCAUACUAGUUCAACAAACUUCAUGAAACUCGCAUUUGUUGGACAAAAAUUUGGACCCAGACCCCAGGAUUGGUAACAAUAUUGGUUUUCAAUAGGCUUGUUUUGAAAUCAAGGAACCAGUGAGUUGGACAAGAUUGUCUAAUAUGUUACAAGUGUAGUGAAAUGCAACCAUCAGAUGAUGCGAGUGAUAAUGUGCGAUUUUUCAACAACAGUAUGACGAAGUUUGUUUUUAUGAACUCUAACUGCUCAUACAUGUAGAUGUAAGUAAGGAAAGAUGGGCCAAGGGUGCUUUCAAACUCAAUUCAUUUAGGUAUCGCCCAAGGGCGUUUUCGAAGCCCUGUUCUUGACAACACUCGGGUUAACCCGACACGAGAACAGCGGUCUCGAACGUGACGAACAGACCCGAGAGGGCGUUCGCGGAUCGAUUUUUUCACUCCCCGGUUGAUGGAGGGUUCGGCGA